AUGUCACAGCCACAACCAAAGAAAGCAACCAAGCGUUCAUCAACUUCAAUGCCACAUGACUUGCCGGCUGCGACACUGAAACAGCCGCAACAUAAUGCUCGACUUACUUCCAGGCAACAGAGUACAUUGACAAGUGUACAAGAACUAUAUGAUGAACAGAAGUAUACACAGGCAUUGAAGGUGGCAGAUACAUUCCUCUCAUGGUUCCCAGACAAUGUAGAGUGUCUAUCUGUUAAAGCUUUGAUCUUGGCGCAUGUCGGUCAGAAGUCACAGGCAUAUGAGUUGGCACAUCAGCUGAUCGAUCAAUCACGUGACAACGUUGCAUCAUGCUCUGUCGCCUGGCACACACUUGGAAGGCUACGUCAUCAAGACAGACAAUACAAAGAGGCAUUGGAGUGCUAUCACAAGACCAACUACUCCAAGGUCAUUCUCAAGGACAUGCUCAAAUCAUACACGUUGGCCAGGGAUCUCAAUGGUGCCAAGGACACUUAUAUCUCAUUACUAUCACCUAGUCUCGAAGAUGAAUCAACUACAAAGAAGAAGAAAGUGAAGAAUGGGAAGACGCUGAAGACUGAGAAGACAAAGAAUAAUAAGUAUUGGAUUGGACUGAUGAUGUGUUAUCAUUUGAUGGGCAAGAACGAACAGGCGCUACUCAUAUUGGACCUAUUGGAGUCAUCACUACAAGAUGGUGAGGAUGGCAACAACACGACAAGCAAGAAGAUGGAGCAUUCAGAGAUCAAACUCUAUCGAUGCCAACUACUGGAAGACUCUAAACAGUAUGACCAAGUACUUGAUAUCCUCACAAACGAUCAGGAUCGUAUCUUGGAGAAACAACAUGUACGUAUGACUGUCAUUAGUCUCCAUUAUUAG